ACAAACACACAAGUAAUCGAAUCUCAUUUUAUAGAAACCCUAGUUUCUUUCCAAGGAGAUUCGUUUCCUUGAUACACACGUCUCCUUCCAAAAUAAUAUUUCUUUGUUCUUCUUCUCUUUGAUUCCAUAUUUCUUGAGGUUAUGGCAACGACGUCAAACACGACAAAAGCAAAGGUGGACAACAAUAACCUAACCAGAACAAAAUCACUCGGUAAGAAACCAAAGCAACCAUCGUCGGUAUCAUCAGAAGAUGGAUCUGAUCAGAAACCUGAGAAGCCUUUGCCAAACUAUCUGAAACCAACAAUCAGUUCAAGGCCUGACCCAGUCAAGUUCUUGAAAAAGAAUGAUCAGGAUAACCAGAAGCUUCUCCGUAGAAGAUCUUUUGAUCGACCACCACCUUCUUUGACUUCUGCAUCUACUCCUUCUCCUCGUAUCCAAAAAACCCUCAACGCCUCUCCUUCUCUGCCACGAGACAAACCCGCGGUUCCUAGAGAGAAGCCUGCCACAGCUACACGGUCUUCGUCUUUCCAUGGAAGCAGAGGUGUUCCAAGAGGAAGCACUUCUGUGAAAUCGCCUCAUGUUGCUCCAAAGAAGAGCGGGUUGAGCAGUAGUAGCACGUCUUUGAAGAGCAAAAAGGAAGGUUCUGAAAAGAAAGCACCCGAGAAAGAGAUUGCCUUGGAUACUGCUUCUCUGUCUUCUGCUCAGGAAGAUGAAGAGGAGAUUCCCAAGGUUGAGAGUGAUGUACAAGUUGCUGAUGAUAUAGAAGAAGCCAAAGAUGAAAAGGAAAAUAAAGAGGUGCAUGUAGAGGUUGUGCAUGGGGAUGCUUCUGGUGAAGAGAAUGAGAAUGAUGGAUCAACAUUGGUAGCUCCUGUUGUGGAAGACAUUGUUGUUGUUGUUGCCAAAGAAAAUGAAAGAGAAGAAGAAGAAGAAGAAAUAUUGGUCAAUGAACAUAACUCAGAAGAGAAGAUAGAGGAAAAGAAAGAACAAGAGAACAAGGGUGAACUCACUGAUCUAGAGGUUAUACCAAAGAUUGAUGAAGGUGAGACUUCAGAGAAGGUCGAUGCUGACAUGAAACCAAAAGAAGUUGAGAAGGUCGAAGAAGUUGAAAGCGUGAAAGAGACUAGGGAAGAAAAAGAAGAAGUGGAAGAAGAAAAGGAAGUGAACAGAGAAGAGAAGGAAGAGGUUAAAGAUGAGGAAAAGGAAAAGGAUAAAAUUAAAGAAGAAUCAGGAGAAGGAAAGAAGAAGGAAAUAGUGAAAGGUAAGAAGGAAUCUCCAUCGGCCUACAACGAUGUAAUAGCAAGUAAGAUGCAAGAGAAUCCAAGGAAGAACAAAGUUUUGGCUCUUGCUGGAGCUUUUCAAACCGUUAUUGACUAUGAAACUGCCGCAUCUAAGUGAUAUAUGUCACAAGGAGAAACAACAACAACCACAGCAACAACAACAACAACAACAACAAAAUCAAUGAUGUCAUCUCUUUAGCUUUGAAUUCUAUAUUACCUUUUUAUUUCUGUCUAAUUUUUAUUUGCCAUUGUUAUACUUUUUGUCUCGUGGAUUGCAUGCUUUUGGAGUGAACAAAGUUACACGCACCUAAUUACACUAUAUGUUUGAAUGGAUUGGAUGCAUUUGUG